AUGAUCUCGCCUUCUCAUCACGCCGAUCACGAUGCUGCCCUCCGUGCCAGUCUUUCCACUUUACUGUCUUGUGCCGCUGCCGCGCGGGGUCUGCCCAAGCCUGAUCCGCUCCCCUCACCGGCGGGUCCCUCCAGGGCACAGCCAGCGUCGUUUCGGCUGGUCUCCGAGACGGUGGCAAUGGGAGGAGAAGAACUCAGCGAAGAAGAGGCCCCUUCAGUGGCGGAGACCCAUGAUUCUACCAGGCUACGGCGAUCGAAACAGCCCCACGUACCGAUGGCAGCUUACCCACACGCCAGCGCACCCAAGGUUAAACGGCGGUCUUGUUCCCCGAAAGGCCAUAGCCACUCGACUUCUAAGAAGAGCCGUCGCGCCGGAACAGCUGAUUCGGCAGGGGGCCCAACGAUUAUGACCUGGGUUAUCAGCGCGGGCGUAGUGGUGCUUUUCUCGGCUAUCAGCUUUUCCGCAGGAUACGUACUGGGCCGCGAAGUGGGAAGAAUGGAAGCCGGACCAGGAAUGGGGUCGAUCAUGGGGGAUGGGGGCCUUUCCGGGGGGAAAGCAUUCGCCGGAUGUGGCCAAGAAGCGGUUCGAGGGGGUCUCAAACGAUUUCGAUGGGGCUCUGGGACUGCUGCAUCGGGUGUCAUGGCAUAG